AAAGGCGGGGGUCUUGGUGGCCGUAAGGGGAGUAGGUGCGGGUGAAGAUGGCGGCCGCCGAGGUCGUGAACUGCAUCAUGGAGGUGUCCUGUGGCCAGGCAGAAAGCAGCGAGAAGCCGAACGUCAAGGGCAUGAUGUCCAAAGAUUACUACUUUGACUCCUACGCCCACUUCGGCAACUCCAUGUUUCACAACCGGCACCUCUUUAAAGACAAGGUGGUGCUGGAUGUGGGCUCGGACACAAGCAUCCUCUGCAUGUUCGCCGCCAAGGCCGCCCGCAAGGUCAUCGGCAUCGAGUGUUCCAGUAGCUCUGAUUAUGCGGUGAAGAUUGUCAAAGCCAACAAGUUAGACCACUUGGUGACCAUCAUCAAGGGGAAGGUGGAGGAGGUAGAGCUCCCGGUGGAAAAGGUGGACAUCAUCAGCAAGCGGAUGGGCAACUGCCUCUUCUACGAGUCCAUGCUCAACACCGUGCUCUAUGCGGACAAGUGGCGGACGCCCAAUAGCCUCAUCUUCCCAGACCGGGCCACACUGUAUGUGACAGCCACCGAGGACCGGCAGUACAAAGACUACAAGAUCCACUGGUGGGAGAACGUUUAUGGCUUCGAUAUAUCUUGUAUCAAAGAUGUGGCCAUCAAGGAGCCCCUAGUGGAUGUGGUGGACCUCAAACAGCUGAUCACCAACGCCUGCCUCAUAAAGGAGGUAGACAUUUACACCGUCAAGGUGGAAGACCUGACCUUCACCUCCCCCUUCUGCCUGCAAGUGAAGCAGAAUGACUACGUGCACGCCCAGGUGGCCUACUUCAACAUCGAGUUUACGCACUGCCACAAGAGGACGGGCUUCUCCACCAUACCCGAGUCCCUGUACACGCACUGGAAGCAGACGGUGUUCUACAUGGAGGACUACCUAACCUUGAAGACGGGCGAGGAGAUCGUCGGCACCAUCGGCAUGCGGCCCAACACCAGGAACAACUGGGACCUGGACUUCACCAUCAACCUAGAUUUCAGAGGCCAUCUAUGCGACCUGUCCUGCUCCACGGACUACAGGAUGCGCUGAGACCCGGCUCUCCCGCCCUGCAGGGGCCCAGGGGCUGAGCCUUCCUAGACGGUUGUGGGGCUCCCCCUUCCUCUCCCUCCCUCCCGCAGAAGGGGGUUUUAGGGGCCUGGGCUGGGGGGAUGGGGAGGGCACAUCAUGACUGUGUUUUUCAUAACUUAUGUUUUUAUAUGGUUGCAUUUAUGCCAAUAAAUCUUCAGCUGGGAAA